AUGGGAUUUAAGAUUCCAUCGCAGAAUGACAUUCAGAAAGUCUUUGACUUGAUCAAAAUCAUUCUUCCUUUCCCAAUUGUAAUCUUUUCUAUUGUUUGCUUCCUCAGGAUGAACGAAGCAAAGAAAUUAUUCACUUUCCUUAUAAUUCUCGUCACAAUUUACCACGUCAUCAAGGUUUAUGACACAAUCAACGCAAACACACUUGUAUCUGAUCCACUUUACAAGCGCAUUUGGUUAUCAUUCGAUCUUCAUUUCUUAGUUUUCGUUUUCGCAGUCAAUAUUUCAGGUCUUCGUCCAAUAUUAUUCUUCCUUGACCUUAUUAUCGUCGAAACACUCAUCUUCAUUCGUGUUAUUCGCAAUCAUCUUGCUCCACGCCUUGGCGAACUUAAGCAGGCCAUUGUUGAUGCAUGUGAUGCUUGCUUUAAGAACCAAAUUGUUCAGAAACUUCGUGCUUUCUUCGAAAUCGCUUUAAUUCCAUAUUUCUUCUUUGCAUCACUCUUCACACUCAGAUCUGAAGUCUUCAUCGCAUUCCUCUUCUACCUUAUUGGCUAUGGUGCCUUCAUGCUCGUCUUCGAAUACUUCCACAAGUGGGCCUGGCACGAAAUCCGUGAAUAUAUCAUCAAAGUUGUUGCCAAAUUCAUUCCAAACAAUCAAGAAAAGGUUUCAAACAUUCUUGAUCAAUUCAAAGUCGUUCCAGAUUACGUCAGAAAAGUUUAUCCAAUUCCAGCCAAUUUCGUUGACACACUCAAAGUCCACUUAGACUAA